AUGUUUGGCGAUGACCAACGAAGCGGCUCAUUAGCAACGGAAAGUAAUAAUAAACUGUUGAACUCAACAAAAGAUAAUAAAGAUAAUGACGGGAAAGUGAAUUAUGAAACCACUCCACUUAGCAUAAACGGCAACUCAAGCAUACAUGAAAUCUCAAUUGUUGAAACAAAUAAAGAAAGUUCCAAAGAAAAUUAUAAACCAUGGGACCAAUUAAUUGUUAGUAACAACCAACGCCAUGAUCAAAAUAGCCUGCAACAAACAAAUUUAAUUAGCCCUCAGAGUUUUGAUCAAGUGGAACCAAACUGUGAUAGCAAUGCUCAACAAACAGAAUUCACAACAUAUGCAAAUGACAAUCUAUCCAACUGCCUCGAGCAACGACAGAUUCCAUUAAUAACAAUAGCUGACCCUGUUUUUUGUCAUGCAAUAAAACCGAAUCACAUAUCCCCAACACUUGUAUCUAAGUUAAAUCUGCCCCUCGUCGAAUUUCCAAUAUCGAACAACUAUACAGAACAGAAAGAUCAACAUAAUAUGUUACAACCCCCUUUUUGGAAAAGCACCCUGUCCCAUCCCACCCGUCACAGAGCCAAAGCAUUCUAUCCCACUCGAGUCAAUCCCCGAGUGAGAAGAAAACGUAUCGUGAACGAAAUCCACCUGAGAUCGAAACCCACUACGAACGAAUGGAAAUGUCUCACCCGUCACCGAGCCAAUCCCCAAGCGGGGACGAAACGUACUGUGAACGAAACCGACCUGAAUGGAAAAGAUACCUAA